CAGCGUGCAAGAGUGGGAGGAGCAGUUCAGAGCCGCGCAGGGCCGGAGAGCCCCUGAAGGGGGGACGGAACCGAGCCCCGCGGCAGGACGGGGGACAGGGAAGCGCCCUGGCAGGGAGAAGGAGCCAUUUGAGAAGCAGCCAGUGGAAAUGUCCCAGGCCGUGAGUCUGCUCGCGGGGCUGGGGCGGGAGCGCGCAGCCCCACACAUUGAGCCCAGCCGCGGACGGGAGGUGGCUCCGGGUCGCGAUGGGCAGGGGAACCGUGCAAGUUCUGCUGCUCCUGGGACUGCUGCACUGGGGCCCCGGUGGCGAGGGCAGGAAGAGCUGGAGGCGGCGAGGGCAGCAGCCGGCGGCUGCGGCUGCAGCCCGGGAGCGGAGCGAAGCGACCGGGCAGCCCGUGGAGAGCUUCCCGCUGGACUUCACCGCCGUGGAAGGCAACAUGGACAGUUUCAUGGCUCAGAUCAAGAGCCUGGCGCAGUCACUGUAUCCCUGCUCGGCCCAGAACCUGCACCACGAGCUGCGCCUCCAUCUCCUGCUCAACAGCUCGGUCACCUGCAACGACGGCAGCCCGGCCGGCUACUACCUCAAAGAAUCGAAAGGCAGUAGAAGGUGGCUGCUGUUCCUGGAAGGGGGAUGGUAUUGCUUUAAUAGAGAAAAUUGUGAUACCCGCUAUGAUACAAUGAGGAGGCUGAUGAGCUCCAAAGAGUGGCCCAUUACCAAAACUGGAACUGGGAUCCUGUCAUCACAACCAGAAGAAAAUCCGCACUGGUGGAACGCAAACAUGGUUUUCAUCCCCUAUUGCUCAAGUGAUGUUUGGAGUGGUGCCUCUUCCAAAUCUGAAAAAAAUGAAUAUGCCUUCAUGGGAGCCCUCAUAAUACAAGAGGUAGUAAAGGAGCUGGUGGGAAAAGGCCUUAGUAAUGCAAAGGUACUACUCCUGGCAGGAAGCAGUGCUGGGGGAACUGGGGUGCUUCUGAAUGUGGAUCGAGUAGCAGAGCAGCUGGAGGAGAUGGGUUAUCAAGGGAUUCAGGUUCGAGGGCUGGCAGACUCUGGCUGGUUCCUGGAUAAUAAACAGUACCGCAGAACUGACUGUAUUGAUACCAUAACCUGUGCCCCAACAGAAGCUAUUAGGAGAGGAAUCAGAUAUUGGAAUGGCAUUGUUCCUGAACGCUGCAAACUGCAGUUUAAAGAGGGGGAGGAAUGGAAUUGCUUUUUUGGCUAUAAAAUUUAUCCCACUCUUCGAUGUCCAGUCUUUGUGGUGCAGUGGCUCUUUGAUGAGGCCCAGCUCACUGUAGAUAAUGUGCACCUAACUGGACAGCCUGUCCAGGAGGGGCAGUGGCUCUACAUCCAGAAUCUGGGCCGGGAGCUAAGAAAUACCCUGAAGGAUGUGACUGCUAGCUUUGCUCCAGCCUGUUUGUCUCAUGAGAUCAUUACGCGCAAUCACUGGACAGACAUCCAGGUGAAAGGGACUUCAUUACCCCGUGCCCUGCAUUGCUGGGACCGCAGCCUGCAUGACAGCAACAAAAAUGGGAAAGCCCCUUUGAAGGGUUGCCCAAUCCAUCUGAUUGACAGCUGUCCCUGGCCUCACUGUAACCCCUCAUGUCCUACCAUCCGGGACCAGUUCACGGGGCAGGAGAUGAAUGUGAUCCAGUUCCUCAUGCACAUGGGUUUUGAUGUUCAGAAGAUGGCACAGCAACAGGGCCUGGAGCCCAGUAAACUUCUGGGGAUGCUGAGUAGUGGUAGCUAGAAAGGGUUCUCCAUGAAAGGGCAGAAUGAUCAGAUAAGGAGGAGGAGCCUCUAAGCUUCUCUCCCAAACUCUUUAACCUUCUCCAUUCUCAUGCAGAUAUGCAUACUUACACACAUGCACACUCACAAGUACACGUGCACACUUAGUGUGUGUCAAGAAAAAAAAGAACAGAUUCUUGCUUACACCAUUUGACUGAAACUCAUUACCUCUAAACUUCAGGGCCCAAUCCUGGCUGUUCAGAAUCUCUUUCUGUGUUACACAAGGUGGCCUGAAGCAGGGAGCAGCAAUGUCAUAAACACCAGCAUUGAGAACCCUUCCCAAGAGCUAAAAGGACUCUUACCCUUGCUGAGAAUGUUUCACAUCAUAGACUUACAACAUAUGGUGAAAAAAGCACUGGAUUUUUUUUGUCUAAUUAGAAGUGAAGGAUUACAUGACUUCCUAGAGGUCAGCAUCUCAUGAUGUAUCAUAAUGUACAAACCAAGGACAUGUGCUAGGAAUGG